UCUACCACCAGGCUCCGUCUUAGCGAGCGAGCGACCCCUCCCGUAUGGCCCACGAUGCUCACAGGUACCUAGCCUCGCUCCUCUCCAGACCCUUCCUGAGGUUCCAACGCAAGACCGAGCUCCUGGCUUACUUGUUCCUGUGCGUGUCUAAGAUGCCCUUCAUCCCGCCUGUGUUGUCGGCGGGACCGGGCAGCAAGGCGGAAAAGGCAGUGGCGCCCCCCAAAGAAAGCGCCUCCAUAAAGGAGCGCCUGGAGUCCAACUUAAGGCAGCUGGGCAAGAAGAGCCCACCACGGAGCCAUCUGCCCACAGCCACCAGGGGAGUACCAGAACUCAGGAAAAAGGGCGCCUCGCCAAGGUUGCCCCAGGAGAGUGUCCCUGCAUUGAGCUCCGGAGAAUCAUUAGCAAAGACCCACCAGAUCCGCCAGGUGAGAACCAGAGGAAAAGCCCAUCCAGAGGAAACCCGAUUCACGCUGACCCUAACCCCUGAGGCAGUCCUGCUGCUGCAGAGGCGCAACAACAACAAUAACUCUGUUUCCGCAAGCGUCACGGAUUCCAGGCGACCUAGGAGGGCCCACCACUCGGCACCCUCCCCGUCACCACGGCUCCACGGUCGGGCGGCAGCCAUCAGGACUCGCUAUGACGUGAGUUCCAUGGUGAAAGUGUCGCUGCUGAAUGAGCGGCACCGCUACGAUGACGUAGAGUACGAGGACGACGAGGACCAACGGGGCGCUGGGGUGGAUGAACGUGUGGUGCUCAAGUGCACCGAGUGGCUGCGGGGGCUGGAGAACGCACCCGAUACGGUGGGACGUAAAAAGACCACCACUGUUAAAAGUUUCUGAACUCUACUUUGAAACCCGACCCUUGGCUUUAAACCUUGACAGCUGCAAGUUAACUGAUAGGAUGUAAGACUAUUAUGAAAACAGCAAAUAUUUGCUUUAUUUGGAAACAAAGCUUUAAAACCUUACCCUGGCUAAGACACACUUGAAUCCCCAAUUUGAA